AUGCGGCAGGGGGGAGCGGGAUCUCCCUCGGCGUCUCGGUUGUGCGUGAGGGUGAGGACGGGGCUGAGCAGCCCCUCCAGCAACGCCGAGCAGUGCCAGUGCCGGAGGAACAGCGUGUUCCCGGCGGGGUCACACUUCCAGCGGCGCAGUCACCGCCACGUGCCGCCAACCCGUGAGGGACCGGGCUCCCGCCACCUGCCAGCGACCCCGUGUCAUCCCGCCAUGGCUUGUGGGGCUGGUCCCAACCCUGGAGAGCCCUGGGCUGUCCCCAUUGUGUCGCAUGGACCUGCCACAACCCGGCCCUGCCGCCCGCACCGAGACACGACCGGGCCGGCAGCGAUGGACGGCGUGGCUGCGGUCUCCCUGCGGCGGGCGAGGACCCCGCCAGUGGUUCCCGGGGACACCGUCAGCACCUCCUACCCUUCCAAGGACACGGCACCGUGUCCGUCACAAGCGCUGGAAGAGGCCCGGGGUAGGAGGGAAGCAGAGCAGAACGACGCGGCCCUCCCGCCCACGGCCCCGGCCCGUGACCACGACCCCUGUGCUGUGGGGGGGCCGGCUCCCCCGGGGACAUCCGUGUGCCGGCCCACUGUGGCGAGGUGUGUGACGCCAGAAGCGCAGCCGAGCCUCAUAUUUGGGCACGAAGCAGGUUAUUGGAGGCCGUGGCCCCGCAGCUGGGAGAUCCCCCGCCUGAUAAAGGCUGCCCUGGUGCUGCCGCCUCCACUGCUCCGGCACUGCCGAUACCUCCGCCGCCUGCACUGGGGGUGCGGGACGGUGGGAUGGGGCCUGUCGGGGCGCUGGGGCUGCUCCUGUGCCUGCGGCUCUGUGGGGGUGAGUGCCGGGGUGGUGGGAGCGGGGACCCACCGGUGCCGGACCCGGCUCAGCAUCCUUCGUGCCGCAGGCUCGGGGCAGCUGCGGCUGGUGGGCGGCGGCGGGCGCUGUGCCGGACGCGUGGAGGUGAAUCACAGCGGUGAGUGGGGCUCUGUCUGCGUCUUCGAGUUCGACUGGGAGGCCCGCUGGGCCACGGUGGUGUGCCGGCAGCUGGGCUGUGGCCGCGUGGCCUCGGCGUCCCCGUACGCCCCGUUCGGGCAGGGCACCGGCCGGAUCUGGCUCCAGCCCUUCUUCUGCCGCGGCACCGAGGAGGUGCUGGAGCAGUGUCCGCACUUCGAAUGGGGCCAGCACUUCUGCGGCCACGAGCGGGAUGUGGGAGUGAUCUGUGCAGAGGCCGUGGAGCUGAGGCUGGUGGCCGGCGGUGGUCCCUGUGCCGGGAGGGUGGAGGUGAAGCUGCGAGGACGCUGGGGCUCAGUGGGAGAUGACAUCUGGGACAUGGAGGACGCCGAGGUGGUGUGCCAGCAGCUGGGCUGUGGCUCGGCGAUCGGCGCCUACGCUGCCCGCGACCGCUUUGGUGCAGGGGCCGGGCCCAUCAACCUGGCCCUGGUGGACUGCAACGGGGAUGAGGCCACGCUCUGGGACUGCGAGAUCCGUGGCUGGGGACCCUACAACGGUACCCAUGACUUUGACACUGCCGUCGUCUGCCAAGGGUUUUCCCGGCUGGUCGGGGGUGAUGGAGCCUGUGCCGGGCGGUUGGAGGUGCGGCAGCGCCAGGCCUGGGUUGGUGUGUGCGCGGAGCACGUGGACAUGAAGGUGGCCCAGGUGGUGUGCCGGGAGCUGGGCUGCGGCGCGGUGCUCGCCAUGCCCGGCAGCGGCCAGUUUGGGGCGGGAACGGGGCCGCUCUGGGAGGGGGGAUUCAACUGCACCGGCACCGAGCCCCUCCUCAGCGCCUGCGCCCGACAGGUGCCCCACAGCCAGAGCUGCGCUGGCCACGCCACCAUCAUCUGCUCCCCCUACACGGGCUUCCGGCUGGGGAACAGCAGCUCGGGCUGUGCCGGGCGUGUGGAGGUGGCGGUGAGGGGCACGUGGGGGUCCGUCUGCGCCACCGACUGGGACCUGCCCGAUGCCGACGUCUUGUGCCUCCACCUGGGCUGUGGCCAUGCUGUCACCGUGCUCCCAGGAGGUUCCUUUGGCAGUGGGGACGGGCCGCUGAGGCCGGACGCCUUUGGCUGCAGCGGGAGCGAGCGGCACCCGGGAGAGUGCCCUGUGGCAGUGCUGGGGAAGCCUCCCUGCACCCCGGGGAAUGCCGCCGCUGUCAACUGCUCAGGCAUCGUCAACUCCCUGCAGCUGGUGGAGGGUGAGAGCCGGUGCGACGGGUGGAUGGAAUUGGCUACAAGCCCCGGGGUCUGGCACCGUGUGCCAGGAGAGGUUUUGUCCGAACGGAAUUUCAGUGUGGUGUGUGGGAAGCUGGGCUGCGGUGGGCUGGACAAAAGUGAUGCUGUUGUUGGUACGAACUCCUUAUGGACCGUGAGCGAUUCGGAGCAGAAGAUUAUGGAAAGGCCACUGGGCCGACCAACAUCCCUCAUGGGGCAGCCAUCGUCUGUUCAGGUGGGUGUCCCGAGUAGAGCUGGGGUGCUGGUGCCCCGAGCAGCCCCUCAGCCCAGUCCUUCCGUGCCCACAGGCAGCCGGCGGGUGAGGCUGGCGGGCAGUGCCGGGCGCUGCGCGGGGCGCGUGGAGGUUUAUGCCAGUGGCACCUGGAGCACCAUCUGCCAGGAGCGCUGGGGCCUCCAGGCCGCCGCCGUUGUGUGCCGGGAGCUGGGCUGUGGCGCGGCACUGGAGGCGCCCGGCUCGGCGCGCUUCGGCCCCGGCACGGGGACGCUGUGGCCGUACGUCCUUGACUGCGCCGGGACCGAGGAGUCUCUCUGGGAAUGCCCGCGCUCGGAACGGCGCGAGUGCGAGCGCGGGGCCGGGGCAGGGGCCGUCUGCUCAGAGCAGCUCUCCCUGCGGCUGGCGGGCGGCCGCGGGCGCUGCAGCGGGUACCUGGAGCUGCUCCACAACGGCACCUGGGGCCGCGUGUGCGCCAAUGGCACCAGCCCCGGCACCGCCGCCGCCGUGUGCCGGCAGCUGGGCUGUGGGGACGGCGGACAGCUGGCACCCGGCCCC